AUGCUGACACCAACGUUUGACCCAAAAAUUAUAAAUCAACGACUGGAUGCAGUUGAAUUCCUGUCAAAGCCAUCGAGUGUCUAUCUGGUUGAGGCAUUAAGAAAGUAUUUGAAGCAAAUGAGUAACAUACCACGAAUAUUCUGCCGAAUGCAACAAUCGUCGGCCUUGCCAAAGGACUGGAAGAGGCUCAUGCAAUCUAUCAUCUCUCUGAAGGAAUUGAUACAUAUAUGCGCAAAAUUCAGUUCGCAGCUCUAUCUGAUACGUGAACUUGUAGAGGAAAAUGUCGACCACGGUAUUCUGACAAACAUUCGGCUUUGGAUGGAAAGUAUUAUUGAUUUUGAGUUGACAUCCAAGCAGCAACGAUUUUCCACCAACAAUGGAUUGGACCCACAACUGGACGAAUCCUUUCUUCUCUCCACCCCCUUCCGUUCCUUUCUCUCUAUCAGUUCCAUUCUAUUUUCUCGUACUAUGUCCCCCUCCGUUCCUCCUUCCCUAUCACCACCUCUCCCCCUCCAUCCCCGGCUCUCUCUCUCCCUCCCUCCCCCUUACCUUUCCUCCAUUCGCCCCCAUCUUCCUUCCUUCUCUUUUCCUUUCUCUCCACCCUUCAAUAUCCCACAUUCCCCCCUUUUCCUUCCCUCCUUUUAUCACUUGUCAUCCUGGCCUCGCUUUUCUCCCCUCCCCUCCCCUCGUCUCCUACCACGUACAUCCUUUUUUCCUUCCCUUUCACUCCCCUCUCGUUCCCCUCUUCAUGUUCUGUCCUCCCUCUCUAUCCCACCUCCUCUCCCCUCGCCCCCAUUCCACCUCCAUAUCUCUCACCCAGGUCCACCCAUCAUUCUUUCCCUCCCUCCUCUUCCCUUUCUCUUUUCUUCCAUCACAUCUCUCCCCACCCUCAUUUUGAUUCCCCCCUUUCCAAUCUGUCUCCCUCCGUCCUUCACCUUCAUCCGCCUUCUUUCCCCCUUCCCUUCGCCUCUUCCUUUCGCUUCUUUUCAUUCCCAUUCGCCUUCCCCCCCCCUUCCCGUAUCUCCCUUCCCUUCCUAUUUCUUACUCCUUCCCCGCUCCUCUCUCCUCACACCCUUUCUCUUCUUCUAUUCCCUUCUCACUUCCAUCUCUAUGUCAUUCUCGUUUCGUUCUUAUCCCUUCCCAUCCUUUCCCCCUUUCUUCAUCCACUCCUCAUCUUCUUUCCCUCUCCCUGCCUCUUCCCCUCCCUAUUCCUCUCCUUCCCGCCACGUUCCCCCCCCCUUCUCUCUUCCUCCCUUCUCAUACCUCCUUCCUUAUCGUUCCUUCUCCACUCCUCGUUCUUCCCCCCUAUCGUUAAUUCCCUCCCAUAUUUCCUCUCUCAAUAUACCUUCCCUCUGGUUCGCUUUUCUUUGCCCUCUUCUCUUAUACCUCAUUCCCCUCCCCUCUCCCUCCCCCCUCAAUCCUCCGCCUUUUUUCACCCUCGUCCCUCCUCCUUUCCUUUGCCCAUUUUUCCGCUCCAUUCUCUUCUUCCCUCUCUUCUUUCUUUAUCCCACUUCUUUGGCUCACUCUCCAUCCCUCCCUCUCUUCCCUUCUUCCUCUACUCCCUCUCCCCUUUCCCUUUUCUUCACUCCCCUCUAUUCAUCUCUCCACCUUUCCCAUCUCGCAAUACCCUUUCCUCUGCGUCUUCCCAUACGUGUUCUUCCCACUCCUCUCCCUCUGUUCUGUUUUCUUUUCUCUCUUUCGAGGUGUGUGAUGGGGGGGGGGGGGGGGGGGGGGGACAUGGGGUGUUUUACAACACCGACAUAG